UCCCAAGCUUGCAUGAGAUCCCUGUGAAAAAUUCAGUCUGGGUUACAUAUUUCUUGCUGUCUAUCAGUGCUUUCUUUUAUAUUGACAGUCUUGUUUUGUUGUUGUUCUUUUGCGUUUCAAGUGCAAAAUGGCAUACUGUCAGUGGAAAUGGUUGGCAUUGGCAGUAUGUUUGGCAGUGUGUUGGAAUGGCAGUGUGGGUUCAAAUCAGUUCAGAGUUGGAGGGCCCAGAGGCUGGUUUGAACCCACUGGGAAUGAAACAGAGACCUAUAACCAGUGGGCUGAGCGCAACAGGUUUCAAGUUAAUGACAAUCUCUAUUUCAAGUACAACCCAGAUGAGGAUUCAGUGCUUUUAGUGACAAAUGAAUCAUAUUACUCAUGUAAUACUUCAAAUCCAAUUGCAUCAUAUAGUGAUGGUAACACAGUCAUUAAACUUCGACGUCCUGGUCCCUUCUUCUUCAUCAGUGGAGCUCCUGGUCAUUGUGCAAAUGGACAAAAACUGAUAACUGUAGUUUUAUCACCAUAUAUCCAUGUUGUCUCACCUUCUCCUUCUCAAGCCAGUAAUGGAGACUCAAACACUGCAGGCACUAGUUUUUCAUCUACUUAUAAUCUGGUCUCUGCAAUAACAAUUGCUCUUCUCAGUCUUGUCAUGGCUUUUUAAAGAGUUUAAGGCAUUGGAUAAUGUAUACAUACUGGAAAUACAUAAGCUCUUAACUUUCCAGUAUAAAUUUUGGAACUACAUUUUAUAAUUCUGUAACCCUUCUAACAUGUUCUGGUUUUGAAGUUUAGUAAUAAAAAAUAUAGUUUUGU